CUUCUCCCUAACUGGACUCUCCCCUUCAGAGAGGAGGAGUUAGUCCUCCUCUAUAAACUGUGACAACAGCUCAAAAAUGCAUGUGGACUUGGCAUUGAGGUGCUGAGCCAAGUGGGAGACAAACUUGCAUAAGGUUUAGAGAAGCCAGGAGACUGCCAUCAUGGCGGGGAAGCCCACUCUUCACUACUUCAAUGGACGGGGCAGGAUGGAGUGCAUCCGGUGGCUCCUGGCUGCAGCUGGAGUAGAGUUUGAAGAGAUACUUAUGAAAACUCCAGAAGACUUGGAUAAGUUAAGAAAUGAUGGGAGUUUGCUGUUCCAGCAAGUGCCAAUGGUUGAAAUCGAUGGGAUGAAGCUGGUGCAGACCAGAGCCAUUCUCAACUACAUUGCCAGCAAAUACAACCUCUAUGGGAAAGACAUGAAGGAGAGAGCCCUGAUUGAUAUGUAUUCAGAAGGUGUGGCAGAUUUGGGUGAAAUGAUCAUGCUUUUGCCACUAUGCCCACCUGAUCAAAAAGAUGCCAAGAUAGCUGAGAUCAAAGAGAAGACAACAAACCGUUAUCUUCCUGUGUUUGAAAAAGUGUUGAAGGGCCACGGACAAGACUACCUUGUGGGCAACAAGCUGAGCAAGGCUGACAUCCACCUGGUGGAACUUCUCUACUAUGUGGAAGAGCUGGACCCCAGCCUUUUGGCCAACUUCCCUCUGCUGAAGGCCCUGAAAACCAGAGUCAGCAAUCUCCCUGCCGUGAAGAAGUUUCUGCAGCCUGGCAGCCAGAGGAAGCCUCCCAUGGAUGAGAAAAGUUUGGAAGAGGCAAAGAAGAUUUUCAGGAUUAAAUAAAGCAGUCAUGGCUGCCCAGGAAAUGCGAGACCAAUCUCCUGAUGUUUUCCCACAGUGAAGUGCUUUACCUAAAUGUAGAUUCUGGCUACUGUGAGGCUAAUAACUUUUCCAAAGUAUAAGGAUUGAUUUAAUUGGUAUGCAGAUUUAAUUGCAUAACACUCUAUCUUAUUUUGCUCACAUAUGAAAUCAUGAUCUCCUCCUGGAAUGUGCUUCGGGCUUAAACAUAAAUAAAGGGAGCAAAUGUAUCAUA